UUUGGAGUGUAUGAGUGAUAUUAGUUUAGGGAUACAGUACAACAUAUAAUUACUAAAAAAGUCCUCGCUAAUAAAGUGCUAGAAAAUAAUUCACUUAAUAAUAAGUCAAAUACUUCUACAAUUCAAAUAUAUUCGCAGAUAGACAACAGAAUUACGAUCCAUCUCUAUUUGACAGAAGCAAAAUUCUGAAAGAAGCCAAAACUCACAAACAAACAUACAGUCCUCCAAUAUCCCCGAAAGUCUAAAGAAUGGAUAGAUCACCAUAACCAUAAAUAGAGUUGGAUAUUAUAACUGGAUUGCCUAUAACUGAGAGAAAUUCCAUAAUAAGCAAAAAGCUUAUUACUAAGCCAAUGCAAGAUAAACAAGAGUACAAUUUGGAAAAUAAAAUAUAAAAAAAGAAAGAAUUUGAAAUCCAUUAAGGAGAUAAGAAAUAUGCUAGUUUAUAUUUUGAUAACAAAGUAUAUUCAAAUUCUUAAAAAUAGAAAUAAUAUGAAUAAUGGUUAAAAUAGAAUAAAGAAUAUGAAGAUAUCAAUUAUUUUUAGAAGAAACAACCUAAUAAUGUUACAAAAGUUGAAGGUAAUAGUUAUUUCAAGAUUCAUGGAAAAUAAUGCAUUCAAUCUUAGCAUAAAUGA